AUGACAGCACCUGUGAGUGCAUAUGCUCAGCGAAUGAUUCGUUUAAGUCAACGAAUCUUUACUGAAUAUCCUAAAAUAGUAUUUUCAAAAAAACAGCAUCAAGAACAACACGAGAAAUUUCUUCGUUUUCUUGACGAUCGUCCACACACAUCAGGUACACUUGUUUCAAUGAAUUAUUAUCCACGUUAUGGAGAAAUGUAUCAAUUAAUGGAAGGUUUACGUGAACAUGGUCUUUUUAGAAAUGAACACCGUGAUUUUCAAGAAGAAGUCGCUCGAUUACGUGUUCUGCGUGGUAAACAACGUAAAAACAUGCGUCUUCUAUAUCCAAAACGUAUGCCUGAACUUGCACCAUGUUGUAAACAAUCAUCUAAAAAAUGA